AUGUUUGACUUCUCAGGCCCCAUGAGCAGUGUGGAAGGGGCAGAGACGUACAGUAGGCACUCCAUACACAGCUUUGGCACCCUGUUGCACACGGGGAGGGUUGAGGUGCAGCAGAGGUCAUAUGAGGGUCAUGUGGAGGCGGGGUUUACUGGCAGAAGAAGGCGGGGCCAGAGGACCCCAAAGGUGCCCAUCGAAGCGCCUGUGGUGGGGUGUGUGUAUCCGGUGGACUUCCUGAAAGCUGCAAAGAGAGGCAAAUUGAAGAUGGUGAUGAAGUUCUUACAGGAUGGAGGGGACCCCAACACAUCCACUGAGUUCAUGAAGACAGCAUUGCAUCAUGCGGCAGAGGGGGGGAGCCCUUUCGUCAUACGAACUCUACUGGCCCACGGAGCUGACAUACACCUCAAAGACCGGCUGGGCAGCACGGCUGUACACUGGGCCUGCAGAGGAGGAAGCCUAGCUGCACUGAAGACCCUACAUGACUACGGAGCUGACCUCAAUGCCACGGACAAGAUCCUGAGUACUCCUCUGCAUGUAGCCACGCGUGUGGGCCACCCUGAUGUAGUGGAGUACCUGCUAACCUCUGGAGUGACAGUCAACGCUAAAGACAGGGAAGGGGACACUGCUCUGCAUGAUGCUGUGAGACUCGGGCGCCAAAAUAUUGCGAAGAUGCUGAUCCUCACCGGAGCACACACAUACCUCACAAACACAGCGGGGGUCCGAGCGAUGGAGCAGCUGCAGUCGUGGCAGUCAGACGUCAUGGAGACACUUCAGAAAACGGAGACGCUCCGAGAUGUGGCACAAUAA